AUGGGCAACGCAGGCGCAAAGAACGCACUGAAUUCUUCUGGCACUGCUGCGUUCAAUGACACGGACGACGAAAUGCUAACGGAAGUGCUGCACGCGAAUCUGCAGCAGCUGAUCGCUUAUGCGCACUCGGCUGACACGUCGCUGCAGCGAGAAGUGGCCGAGAAGUUGGCCAAUGAGGCCGUGAAACCUGAUCGACAGGUACAGAUCGUGGAGCUGGACGGAUUGCAGCUGUUGCUGCCACUGACCAAGUCGACGGACACGGAGGUGCAACGCCUUGCGGCGCACGCGCUGGCCAACCUCUCUGUGAAUUCAGAAAACCAGUCAAAAAUGGCGACUGAAGGAGGCAUUGGGAUGCUUAUUGAGCUCUUGGGCAGCCCGAACGAGCACGUACAGCGUCAAGCUGCAAAGGCGCUAGCAAAUCUUGGUGUAAACGUGGACAACAAGGAGCGAAUCGCCAAGGCGGGCGGCAUCAAACCGCUCAUUGACUUGGCAAGCUCCCGCCAAAUAGGCGUCGCUGUCGAGGCCGUUGCGGCACUUGCCAAUCUCGCCGUCAACGACGCUAAUGAGGUGGAAAUUGCACGCAAAGGCGGCUUGAAGUCUAUCAUUGAUGGAGCACACUCGGAGUCGAUGGAGCUUCAGUCGCAAGUGGCACGUGCACUGCGCAAUCUUUCUGUCAACCCGGAGAACAAGCAAGCGAUCGUGGAGUUGGGUGGAGUGGAGGCUCUGCAGUCGCUGUUGCGGUCUACCAAUGACCGGAUAUGCCAGCAAGCUACGCGAGCGCUCGUGAAUCUCGGCGUCAACGUUGUCGAUUGA